UCCAAGGCAAGGCAGGAAAAUUCCUGCCUUCCACUAACGCACGCUGGACCGCUUUCAGUUUUCCUUCAGCAAGCAUUUACUGGAAGGCUUUUGCUUCUGUAUGUUGCAGUUUUAGCAAGGAAAGGCUGAGUGGCUGUGGAUAAAAGCAGAAGCAGCUCAGCCGAGGAACACCACCACCUCACACACAACUGCUGUGCAGAAAAGGAGGGAAGAGAUCCACGCCCGAGGUCUCGCUCGGAGGGGCAGUUGGCUCCCACGACGUCAUCGCCUUCCCAGUUGUUUUAACGUCAUUAGCUGCACACAUUUUGUGUGCCCAGGAGAAGGGAAAUACAGGAUUUCCUGUUCUGCAGCCACUCCACUGGGCUGCAGAUGCCGGCAGGAUUCCAGCGCUCCCAAACCAUGUGGAAGUUUAACGAGGAGUCGCUGGGGCUGCUGAGAAAACCCCUCGGAAGGCAAGGCAGCAAGCUCUCCUCUCCUGCUCCCUAGCAUGGAUGUUACCCCUCCAAAGGAUGGCACUCACAGCAAGGCACCCUCUGUCCACCUUAGCUGCCCCAUGAGCGAGGAGACUCAGCCAAGAUGGAGAGCAAUGUGUCCUCCGGGAACUGCACCGGCCCUCAGAUGUCCUUCCAGUCCACCCUGUACGCCACCACGUACACCCUCAUCUUCAUCCCCGGCCUGCUGGCCAACAGCGCUGCCCUCUGGGUCCUGUGCCGCUUCAUCAGCAAGAAGAGCAAAGCCAUCAUCUUCAUGAUCAACCUGGCCGUGGCCGACCUGGCUCACGUCCUCUCGCUGCCCCUGCGGAUGUAUUACUACAUAAACCGCAGCUGGCCCUUCGGAAGCUUCCUCUGCCAGGUGUGCUUCUACCUGAAGUACCUCAACAUGUACGCCAGCAUCUGCUUCCUCACCUGCAUCAGCAUCCAGCGGUACCUCUUCCUCCUCCACCCCUUCCGAGCCAAGGGCUGGAAGCGGCGGUACGACGCGGCCAUCAGCGCCGCCGUCUGGCUCUUCGUGGGGGCGGCCUGCCUGCCCCUGCUGGUGGUGAGGAGCCCGGCCCUGUCCAACAGCACCGACGCCUGCUUCUCGGACCUGGGGGUGAAGCAGCUGAGCCCAGGGGCUUCCAUCGCUCUGGUAACGGUGGCGGAGCUGUUCGGGUUUGUCAUGCCCUUCGGCAUCAUCGCCUGCUGCACCUGGAAGAUGUGGCAGUCGCUGCGGGAGGGCCCCACGCAGCUGCAGAACGCCAGCGAGAAGCAGAAGGCUCUGCGCAUGGUCCUGAUGUGCGCGGCCGUCUUCUUCAUCUGCUUCACCCCCUACCACAUCAACUUCCCUUUCUUCAUGAUGGUGAUCGAGAACAUCAUCCAGGACUGCGCCGUGCACAGGAGCACGCUGCGCUUCCACCCCAUCUCCCUCUGCCUGGCGAGCCUCAACUCCUGCCUGGAUCCCGUCCUCUACUACUUCAUGACCUCCGAGUUCCAGGACCAGCUGCUGCGGCACAGCUGCGCGGCGCUGCGCGCUCGCUUCCCGCGCCGGGGGAGCAGCCUCUCCGUGGCCGAAAUCGGGCACAGCAUCCGCAUGAAGAGGAGAAACCUUCGGCCCUUCAAGUUCUGGUCCCUUCCCAAGUUCUUCAGCAGAAUAAACAGCAGGGAAAUCCCUCCCGUGCCACCCGACGAGCUUCUGCUGGAGUCCAUCUCCUGAAACCACGCAGGGGCUUCUCCUAGCUGGAGUGAAGAUCGUGUUAGGUCUCCAAGUACAUCUUGAGUUACUCUUGUGUGCAGCACAUGCCAGGCUCUGACCCAGAGGGACAUUUUGAUGCAGAAAGACUUGCUGGUUGUGGUGUUGCUGCUGGGGACUGUUUCCUUUCAGUGUUCUCCAUUGUGAUAUUGGAAAUAGUUCUUGCUGACAGCAAAACUGCUCCCAUGCUGCACUGCAGAUGGGUUGGGGUCCCUCUUCUUUCUGUUGUUUCAGUGCUUCUACAGAUUGGCCAUUUCCAAAACUCAUUCUGGAUCCCAAGGUGUAAGCAGGUGGCUCAGCCUCAGCACAGCUCAGGGAGGUAGCACCAUGGGGGUUUCAGCCCUGACCACAGCUACUUGUGGCCCACGGUGACUCAGAGCAUCCACUGUGCUUGUGGAGGCUUUAGACCAGGACAAUUAAUUAUCUCCGAGUCAGCUGAGCUGACUGCAAAGUUCAACCAUCCAACCUAAUGCAGACUGCAAGACUGCAACCUUACCAACCUGUAUCAAGCAAAGGUUAUUAACCACUAACCACACCAGUGUUAAAAGGAAGGGGUUCAAAUGAACUGGGCUCAGCACACGCAGCUCAGAAGCUGACCAAGGAAGUCCUCCUGGCUCAGGGGGGCUCUGGGUUGCUCAGCUCAUAAUAGGGGAUGAAUACCAGGAAGAGAGACUGAGACUGGACAUGCCACAAGCAAAGGGGAGGAAGGAUGGAGGACUUCUCCCAGGGCACAUUUGUUCACAGAGACCCAGCAUGAGCUGCAGAAGGGAGUUGGUGUUGCUGUCUCUUGUGUUAUUAGGAGUCUUGUGUUAUUUGGCAUUUUGCUAAGGCCUGUGGCUGCAGAUUAAGAUGUUAUCCAAGCCUCUCAGUUUUGCUUAAAAGCCCAGAAUAGGUCCUGGUCCUGGCUGGGUACCAAGGAAAGUUUACAAAACCGACUCAAAUGUGUUCUUAAAGCUUCAGACUUGGGAGGAAAUAAAAUUCUC